GGUUUUAAAUAAGCAUAGUAGGAACUCUUCCUGUCACUUUCUCGGGAAAUCUUUGGUUUUUAAGUCACUAAACUUGUUAAUGUACGAACCCCAUUAAUUACAGGCGAGCAUAACGAGAAGGGUAUCUCUUCGUUCUUCUAACCAUGGAAAGUGUUGUUUAAACUUUCCAUUUCCAGCUUCUUUCCAGUUCAUUUCUUAAAUGAUUUUUAUGGGAAAUAGGAAAAGGGUUUCUGGGGUUUCUUUUUCAUUCCUAGAGAUCACCAUCAGAUCAGUUGGGAACUGAAGUUUUCAGGAUAUUUUGACAUGGUUUGGCCCCUAUGAUUGUAAGCUCUAUAUCAGUUUCUCUAGUCUUUGGUGGCAAUGCUAGCUAUUCCCUGUAUGUUGGAAUCAGAAUAUAAGGACCUAAAAAGCCGUGUCUGUUUAGAAUCAUAUUCUCAUUUACCUUUGUUUUAUUGACUUUAUUCUCUUUCCAAGAUGCUGAAAACUUCCUUCAAAAUAUCAAUAAAUCAAGAAAAGAUUAGCCACAUGGUUUUGUUUUGUUGACAUGGUCAGAGUUUUAAUUAUCUUCCAUAUUUCCUCUUAGAAUCUUGCUGUCCAAAUUUCUGAAAUGGUGUGAAUACUGAAUCCAAGGCUUUCAAGCCAUUCUUUUGCGGCUUCUUUUUCUUUUUCUUGCUUAAAAGGAAAGGGUAUCAAAAUGGUGUGAUAUGUUUUCUGAUGCAACUGAUGAUACUGAUAUUGUGGAAGGAAAAUUAAAAAUUUUUCUUUAGUGGUUUGAAAGGAAGUCUGAAGACUUAAAUAAAGAAAUUGGUCACAUGUUUUGAGCAGCCCUUUUGGCCUAAAAAGGGGGGAAUGGUCUUUACAACUGCUUCAUGUUCAAGUUGAGUUAUCUCUUAUGCCAUAUGGUCACAUGAUUCCUGGUUCGAGAAGCCAUUGAAGGGCCUUUUCUACUCUCGUGGCUUUGAGCUCUUGCGACUUUCCUGGUCAACUUCAGUUGUUUCAUGACCAGCUGAUAUCUAUAAACAGUUUGUUCUUCAGCCGGCCUGUGUGUAAACUUCGUUUGCCUUUCCUUCUUGUCCUUCUGCAGAUCAAAUCCGAUAACUGAAAACAACUGCAACAACAUUGGAAGAAAACCAUGGGGUUUGACAAAUCAAGAUCUGUAAGAUUUCAAGAUGAUCUUGAAUUAGCAAAGCUCCCAACAAUCAAUGGAGAUGGUAUGAUAAAGCUGAAAUACCAUAUCAACGGAACGCAAAUAUCGGAGUCUAGCACCAGGAGGCCUGAGAAGGAGUUGCCUAGUAGUAGGACAGGAAGAUCCUUAAAAACCAAAGUACUGUCAAGAUUUUUCUCUGAGGACUUCGAGAGAGUGAAGAAGAAGAUUUUGGAUCCUCGAGGACCUAUCAUUCGCCGAUGGAACAAGAUUUUUCUAGUAGCAUGCUUAGUUUCUUUGUUUGUGGAUCCUCUCUUCUUUUAUUUGCCAGUAGUUUCGAAGGCAGUCUGCAUAGAUAUAGGAAUACCGCUGGAAGUUAUCCUGACCAUCGUUAGAUCAUUGGCUGAUGCCUUCUACAUAAUUCAGAUUUUCAUUCGUUUUCGGACAGCUUAUGUUGCACCUCCUUCUCGUGUAUUUGGGAGAGGAGAGCUUGUUAUAGACUCCAGAAAGAUUGCUUCCAGGUACCUGCAGAAGAGUUUCUGGAUAGAUUUAAUUGCUGCCCUUCCCCUUCCUCAGGUUUUGAUUUGGAUCGUCAUUCCCAAUCUUAAGGGUUCAACAACGACAAACACCAAAAACGUGCUUCGGUUCAUAAUCAUUUUUCAGUACCUUCCAAGACUUUUUCUUAUAUUUCCACUCUCAUCACAAAUUGUCAACGCCACUGGUGUCGUGACAGAAACAGCAUGGGCAGGCGCUGCCUACAACCUGAUGCUCUACAUGCUGGCAAGCCAUGUUUUAGGAGCUUGCUGGUACCUUCUUUCGAUAGAGCGGCAAGAAGCCUGCUGGAGGAGUGCCUGUGAUCUUGAGGAUUCAUCCUGUCAGUAUAACUAUUUUGAUUGCCACAGGGUUAAAGACCCUGGCAGGGAUACCUGGUUCAGGUCCAGCAAUAUUACUUCCCUAUGCAGUCCAACAUCCUCCUCCUAUCAGUUUGGUAUAUAUAGUGAUGCAUUGACAUUGGAUGUCACAGCCUCACCAUUCUUCAACAAGUACUUUUACUGCCUUUGGUGGGGUUUAAGGAACUUGAGUUCUUUGGGACAAAAUCUUGACACAAGUACUUAUGCUGGAGAAAUAAUUUUUGCCAUCAUAAUUGCAACUCUUGGGCUGGUUCUCUUCGCACUGCUCAUUGGGAAUAUGCAAACAUACCUUCAAUCCACCACGGUUCGGUUGGAAGAAUGGAGAAUCAAGAGAACUGAUACAGAACAAUGGAUGCGUCACAGGCAGCUUCCUCCUGAGUUAAGGCAAUCUGUAAGAAAAUAUGAUCAGUAUAAGUGGCUAGCUACAAGGGGAGUUGACGAAGAAACUCUACUCAAAGGGCUUCCCUUGGACCUCAGGAGAGACAUCAAACGCCAUCUCUGUCUUGACCUUGUCCGACGAGUACCGGUGUUUGACCAAAUGGAUGAAAGGAUGCUUGAUGCAAUCUGUGAGAGGCUAAAGCCUGCCUUGUGCACCGAAGGCACAUUCCUAGUCUGUGAAGGUGAUCCUGUCAAUGAGAUGCUCUUCAUAAUCCGAGGCCACCUAGAUUCUUACACUACCAAUGGCGGCCGCACUGGAUUCUUCAACUCUUGCAGAAUUGGCCCUGGAGACUUCUGCGGCGAGGAACUGCUGACAUGGGCCUUGGAUCCUCGUCCCAGUGUCAUUCUUCCAUCUUCAACUCGCACUGUCAAAGCAAUAUCAGAAGUAGAGGCCUUCGCUCUUAGAGCAGAAGAUCUCAAGUUCGUGGCAUCACAGUUUAGAAGACUACACAGUAAACAACUUAGACACAAAUUCAGGUUCUACUCACACCAGUGGAGAACAUGGGCUGCCUGUUUCAUACAAGCAGCAUGGCGUCGGUUUAAGAAACGAAGAGAAGCAGCUGAACUUAGAGCUAAGGAGAACCUCAUGGCUCCUGCUGAACCUGCACCAGCAACGUCCGCACCUGGUUCAGGCUUGGCUAUGUAUGCAGCCAGGCUAGCAGCAAGCAAUAGGAGAGGUGUUAAUUUGCAUUGUGGAUCUGAUUCUGGUGUUGUCAGCUCCUUGCGGAAACCAGCAGAGCCAGAUUUUUCUGUCGACGAGGAAUGAAUUGUAACACUCCCCAAAUCGGGGGGGGAUCUAGUCAUGUGUAGGUAUCACUGAAGCAAAUGCCUGUAAAUUUUGUUUGUUUUCUUUUCCUAGUCUGUAAACAGAAAAAUGGACAUUGAAAUUCUUGUUUCAAAAUAUUUAUCUAUAGAGAAUACAAGGUGGAAAUUCUUUACACAA